UUUUUUUUUUUUUUUUUUGGUUUUUUGUUUUGUUUUAAACCUCGGGUUCUGAGUAGUUCACUGACACAAAAACCCAAUCUUCUCAUUUCCCUAUUCCCACUCCCAGACGCCUCUCAUCGUCAGCUGCUAAAUCUUUACACUUUUUGGCGUCUCUGAGCAUUUUUGAGGUCUCUGGAAGUGGUUUCAUUUGAAGAAUUUAUUCAUAGGCUCUCCAGUAGGAAGGCCGCCCGAGAGUCAUUAGAUAUGACUUGUUUUUCGUAUUUAUUCAGUCGGAAGGAGGACUUUGCAAGAAAACAUGGUUUUGAUAUUGAUGAUGAAGUUUGUGGGAUUCAUGAUGUGAAACUUUACACUUACAAAGAACUGAGGAUCGCAACCGAAGAAUUUAGUCCAGACAAUAAAAUAGGGGAAGGUGGUUUCGGUUCUGUAUUUAAGGGUCGGCUUAAAGAUGGGAAGAUUGCAGCUAUAAAAGUUCUUUCAGCUGAAUCAAGACAAGGGCUGAAAGAGUUUUUGACAGAGAUUGAUGUGAUCUCAAAGAUCGAGCACGAAAACUUAGUUCAGCUCUACGGUUGCUGUGUCGAAGGAAAUCACAGAAUUUUGGUCUACAACUACCUUGAGAAUAAUAGUCUGGCACAAACUCUUCUUGGUGGAAGACAACGUUGUAGUAAUAUCCAGUUUAGUUGGCGGAUGCGGUUUAAUAUAUGCGUCGGGGUUGCACGAGGCCUUGCAUUCCUUCAUGAGGAAGUACGACCUCAUAUUGUGCACAGAGAUAUUAAGGCGAGCAAUAUUCUUCUUGGAAAAGACCUGAUCCCAAAGAUCUCAGAUUUUGGUCUAGCAAAACUCAUCCCGUCAAAUAUGACUCAUAUUAGCACACGUGUGGCUGGAACUAUAGGUUAUCUGGCACCAGAAUAUGCGAUAAGAGGGCAACUGACGAGGAAAGCUGAUAUUUAUGGUUUCGGAGUUCUCCUCAUUGAAAUAGUCUGCGGAAGAGGCAACACAAAUACACGACUACCUGUUGGAGAACAAUAUCUUCUUGAAAGGACUUGGGAUCUCUAUGAACGUAGAGAGCUGGUCGGACUUGUCGAUACAGCAUUAAACGGGGAAUUUGAUGCGGAGGAGGCUUGCAGAUUUCUAAAAGUCGGCCUUCUUUGCACGCAAGACAGUCCGAAGCUGAGGCCUUCCAUGUCGACCGUGGUCAAGAUGCUAAUUGGUGAGGUGAACGUGAAUGACUUGAAGAUAACAAUGCCUGGCUUUAUAACAGAUUUCAUGGACCUCAAAGUGAAAGGUCCUCAGAAGACCACCAAGGCUCCAGCCAAGAAUCUUAUAGAAUCUUCUUAUAACCUGCCUUCUUCCCCGGACCAACUAGAUACUUCAACUUUGUCUUCAGAAACCUCUGCCGGGCCUACUGCAACGACCUUCACUUUGACAUACGAGUAUGACCAAAGCAUCGAGACAAAAGAGCUUUCAGUUUGAUUCAUUUCUUUUUCGGUUUGAUUCAUUUCUUCUUCUUCUUUUUUUUUUUUUUUUUGG